AUGGCCAAAGUAGGCAGAGGUGUGCAGAUUGGUCUGUCCUGGGUGAAGACGAAACCCGGUGGUCUUCCAGACGGUGCUAUUGAGGUACAGCCCGGCAUAUACGUCUGCCGUGCCUGGCAUGAUGGUGAACAGAUUCCCGGAAAGUACAUUCCCCGACUUGCGCUCGCCUACAUCCCGUACGGUGGCGAGGAACACCAUGAGAGGGACUGUGAAGUACUCUGUGACACCAGCUGUCCCGGACAAUCUUGCUGGUAAGCAGAACUACCGAACACCACUCCCUUUGUUUCUAGAUAAUAUGAAAUUAAGUGCUAACUCCCAUUUCAUUAACGAACAAUUCCUGUUGGAAAAGCCAGUGUGUAUAAGAGUCGACAAAUUGGAAUCAGGAAGGCAAGAUUGGUAUUAUAAUCUGCAAUAUUUCGGGUAGUGCAUAGGCUGUUAAGAAGCUAGCAACGACAAUUGUUCAACCAAAGUAAUGACCACAUAUAGACGUUGUAUGUGACUUCACGAUAUGAUGGUUUUUGCCCCAGCAGAGUCCUAACGCUACCUCAGUUGCAGUCUAGCCCGUGGACUUUGGUAAACCGGGUGAGGUAUUGGCAAUCAAGAGACUGAUUCGCCAGACAGACCAUAUUUUCUGCCAAAUAGUCUCCCCAGAAGUUAUUCAAAUUUCGACAGGACUGAUUUCAUAGACAAUAUCAAUCUGAUCGGAAAAUCUAUGAAGGUUGUCGUGAUCAGUUUUUGAUGACAAGCUACUACUGACUGUUGUUGCCAGUUCCCGUGCCCCAGACUCCGUCACUGCUUAGGGCACAUCACCUACUAUGCUUGUGGUCGUGAUGAGAGGAUUAUUUCUAAUUGUUUCCUUUUAAAACAUUCCCUGAAUACACAGUCCGAACUGACACUGCAUUUUUCCACUAUGCCCCUCUUUGCUUAACCAGUUACGAAUGGGUGUCGGCCAGUGGAGGCGAGGUACCGAAGAGGGCCAUUGUGGCGGGCAUGGCGUCCGAUGAUCAACCGCUGUAUAUCGCCAAGGCCCCUGUAGCCAAUGAGAUUGCUGCAGGCAAGGUGAGUUGAUUAUUUUUCACUCUGGACUUCUCAGAGCAGGGCAGUCAGCCCAAUCGUUGACCUGCAAUCAGUCUUUAUUUUUGGUUUUCGGAAGUUUAUUUAAAAAUAGAUUUUGCAUCUUUGUCUGGAGUUUGCUCGAUUGAUCAGCUAGUUUAUAGCGAUUGAUGAAAUCUUAGAUUUAAUUUACAUUAAACACUGGUAAACUGAUAAACGAUACUUCGUCCUUGUGUCAGAGGAUGUUACUUGGAUUAUUCUUAUUAUUGACAUCAGUUCAUUGUUGCAAAGACGUCAAGGCAUUCAAGGAAGUUAUAUAUUAGCAUUGAGGUUUCUGUGUACAGAGUAAAAUCAGUUGGUUAAUAGACGACAAUUUUCCGAGUACCCGAAAUCGUCAUUUUCAGGAACGAACUACGCCUACGAAAUUUGAUAAUUCUGAUCCAGUAAGUUGAUCGCCUACCUGAACUUCGAGCCUGAGCAGACACCGCGUGCAUUAAUCUAUCUAGAUUUUAAGACAAAAGACGUCGUGGAUUACAGCAGCUCAAAUUCGAUUGAGGCAGGCCCACGACUGACUUGCGCACCGGGGGUGUGGGUUUCUGUCGGGACGGACAUGUUCAGCGCAGAGAUCAUUACGCCCUAGUCACAGUUAUUUUGUGCAUGUCGACUACGUGCACCUUGUGGUAGACCAAUGGCGUUAGGUCAUUUUCACCUAGUACAUUUUCGGAUAGCACGCGCAUUUUAUACUGCUUUUAUUGCUAAAUACGCCUAGUAACACUUCUUCUUGUUGCCCAUUAGGUUCACGCCGGACACUCCUGCGCCUAUAUGCCUUACGGGGAUGUUGAACACUCGGUUGACGACUAUGAAGUCCUGGUAUGGAAGAAAAAGUAGUAGAGGGCAGGCUGGGAGCUAACUACUCCAAAACGCACAUGACCCCCUGUGAUGAAAUUUCUCAGGAAACGGAGUAAACACGAUUCCUCUAAACUCCCAUUUGGUACAUAAAUUUGGAAAAUAAUUUUUUUCAGGUUGUUCUUUGCAUUAGUUUUUCUAUAGUAAUAGGCCGAAAUGGGUAAGAAAAGGGCGUAGCACGGAGUGGUUGAAGCUAUCACGGUGAACGGUGAAAGUCGUGUCUUGGAAUGUUGCCGACUGACGGGAUAACUGGGGUCUCGCAGUCAGUCCAACAUGCGUUUGUGUAAGAUGGCGGACUGAGAUUCGGGUUGCAUUGUCGCUUUCUUUUAUGGUAGUCACAUUUCGUGGGAGCCGACACGCCCUCCAUCUGUUUUGUUGUAUAAAAUACUGGUCAAGUUUACGUUGUGGAUCUGGGCGUUUGUUGGCACGCCUAGGGACAGUUGCGAACGCGCCAACCGCCUGCGCUCUCCACCAUCUCCAGUCUGUCUAAUGUGUUCAAGAAAGGCGACGAAGGUGUAGUGAGGAAGACGUGAGUGUGCGGUAGAUGUUGUGCAUGUCCUAUACCACUGUAAAACAAAUCACACCCAAGUUACUAUCACACGCCACCAUGCUGUGAGUCUCACGGGGACCUUGUCGGAUACGAUAGUUGUUGAGGUGUACCUUGAACGUACAGUUCCUAUUCGACAACAAUCUAUAUAGGCAGAUGGACGGCGUAGCCGUGGGCUGACCCUUGGCGCGCUUUCGAUGAAUAUAUAAAUGGGAAGUUAGAAGCUUUCCAGCUACGUCACCAGAUCAACGGUUUAAGAUACUAUGGGCGUACGUGAAUGAUAUAUUCGCAAUUGCACCGAAACAACCUGACAUCUCAAUUCUACUGGAUGACAUAAAUCAGGUGCACCCAUCAAUAAAAUUGACUCUAGAAGAAGAACAGUUCGGUUCACUUCUCUUUCUGGAUGUGAUUCUGAGUAGAAGGCCUGACGGCAGCAUUCGACAUAGCGUCUAUCGUAAGAAAACAUGGUCCGGACAAUACACCCAUUUUGGGAAUUUCCUACUGCUUAACGUUAGACUUUAUUUAGUUCGCUGUUUGGCAGUAAGUAUGAGAAGAGUCUGCUCAGCUGCUAGCGUCGAGAAAGAGCCUAAGAUAAUCGAAAGUCUUUUUCGCCAGAACGGCUAUCCUGACCGAUUCAUUGUUAAGGACAUGACCGAAAGAUCACGAAAGCCCCCGAUACUGACGGCAGGAAAGAAAAGGCUCUUCAUCAGGGUCCCAUUUCAAGGGGAUGCGCCAAGUGGACUUUUAAGAAGACGCCUAACUCAAGCUGUAUCACAGACCUUUCCAGCAAAUGUCACCCGUGUACCGUUCUCCACCAGUCCCAUCCUAUACGGAGAAGACAAGAGCAAACUACCAGCUCAGACCACCUCUAUGUGUAUUUACUGGAUCAACGGCUCCUGUGGGUCAGAACAUAUUGGUCGCACGAGCCAGCGUCUAUCCAAAAGAAUAAAAGAACAUCUUCCAGCAUGGUUAUAAAAGCAUCAAAUAAAGAACAUCAAGAGCUCGAUCCUCGUGCACAUGCCAGACACAGACCACCGCGUAGACGACAGAGAGGACUUCAGAAUGAUUUACAGGGUCCAGUCGAGCGACGCAAAUCUACUUAGGCAGUGAUUUUUGGCUACGGCCGAAACGGCAGCAAUCAGACUUUGCUGACCGGUUCUAUGCGCACAGAAGAACUUCAUACAGGUCCCACAGUUGCCAUGACUCAAAACCACCAAACCAGCCAUCCGCAUGUAAUUUCCUUCACCGGGACCCACAUUCUCCCUGACGCUGACUGGAAUUGUGGUGUUUCACUCUCCCCUCCCCUACCCCUCCCUCCCAAAACUCGAGCUAAUGUUUAAUUACCUACUUGCCCAUAUCUUAUAAUUCACUACUUCAAUAGCCAUAUAAAUAGUCCACAUAAAUGUAGAGGCCUGAAGAGAAUUUGUCGAAAGCAGACGUAUGCUGGCCAAAAUGCCUUUUAAAGGAAGAACCUUGUAAAUUGUAUGGUGAAUUCUAUGCUCCGGGUUGUCAAUAUGGUACGGUUCUUCAGAGCGAAUGUUUCAUGAUACUAUAGCACCAUCUACAAACAUUCGCUACGAAUGCUCAUCGAACAGGGACUCGGGCACGCUUUGUCUACCCAUAGGCUUACGGUUACAUUUCGACUACACAGAUUAAAUAGUAUCCCAAGAAAUAUAAGUUGAAGCCAGAUGUGCCCUUUUGGAAACAGCUCGGUGCUUGUCAUUAUAUCAGCGUGCCAGGUCAAAUUCAAUGGGUGACUUCCUAUGGCUUUGAACUGAUAAAUAAAUAAAAAAUGAAUAUAGUAAAUACUUAUGCACUUAACCUAGUGGGAUUACACAGCCUAUCCUUACCCGAAUUUCCUUGACGAAUGACUGUGUGUUUUAUAUGUUGCACGUUGCUAAAAAUUUUGAUAUUCUUACACCUCAGACGUACAAACAUACGUCUUUCGUUACAUCGCGGCCAUCUCGACGAGGGUAUGGUUUGUACGCGGUGUCAGCAACAGAUAAACCGGGGAGAAAGUCUGGUGGGAACGGUGUUAAUGGGGGUUACGGGGGUUGGACCUUUGGACACUCGAAGAACCUUAUCCAGGGAAGUAAAAGUGAUAAGAUAACCAAAAUGCCAUCGAGGACCUUCUAAUGUGCCUAGGAACCAAGUCCUAAAUAUGCGCACAAACGCAAAAAACUGUAGUCAGUGAGUUCCCGGCAGCUGAAUAAACCAUCGUUGCAUAACUAACUUGAGAUCAGGUUCCUAGUUGAUGCGUGAAAAAUGGGGGUUAGCCACAGGCGUUAAUCGAAAUUGCAAAUAAUGAAGAUCGUAGCCAAUGCCAGGAAACUCCUUGACUGACAGGAAUUUAGGGAAAUGCAAAACAAGGAACAGGAAGGAAGUCAAGCAAGGUACGUUGAAUGACGAUAGGGAAGAAUAAAAGGAAAAGACAUGUUUAGUAAUAUAAAGAGGCAUGCUUGCAUGCAGAUGAAUGGUGGUAUUAUUGGAAAUGAGUCAUGUUAUGUAACGGAGAUUUCGGUGCUAAAGCAAAUGCGCAAGUUAAUUGAGGAAGCACAGCCCAUGUGGAUGUAAACAUCAUAAGCUGUAAGCAAUUAGUAGUUUGGAUAGUAGGAAAUGGAUAAAAACCGUAAACGGAUUCAUUUUUUGAACCCAGACCGUCGACUGAAUGAACAAUAAAACUUAGGCGACCUCAAUGGGAUAAAUCGAGAUAGAGUGAUGAAAUAAUACAAGUUCUGAGUUCUAAUAAGUUGACGCAGUAUUGGCAAGACUGUUGCAGAAAAGUUUCAAGUGUAAAUUUCGGUUGAGAAUGCGGCAGCUGUCCCCUAGGUAGCACGCAGACGGUUUCGUCCUCAGAUGCAACCGAUGCGCAAUACAAAGGCACAGCGAACGGAUUCAGUAUUUGAAGGCAGCCAUCUCACAAUCAAAAAGAUUUUAGAAAUCGAAGGAGUCAAAGUGAAACAAUGUCUAAGGGAAGUUGGAGUUUGCCAUGCGACCGCAGUGGGGGGUACGCAUAUGCCGAAAUAUGUGUUCCGCGACCUCCUUAGUCAAAUCAGGCUAGUCGGUGGCCCUCCGGCCGGUAAUGACGAAGUAGGUGGCGAGGGGACUUGGGUUUCUGGCGGACAAAUGGAGAGCUACUAACAACCGUCAUCUGAGUAAUAUGAGCUUUACACCAUAAAUCAUAGCAAGAAUUUCGUGGAUGGAACUGAAGGUGGUGUAAAACGUAGGCGACCUCAGUGGGAUAUACCGACGGAAAGUAGUGAGAUAAUAAAAGUACUGAGUUCUUAUAAGCUCACGCCGUAAUGUUGAGGCCAAGGACGGCUACAGACAAUUUUGAAGUGUUAAUUUCGGUUGAAAAUUCGACAGCGGAUCCCCAGGUAGCACGCAGACGGUUUCGUCUUUAGAUGUAAUCGUAACCAAGGAGAAGAAGUGCAAAUUGAUGAGUCGCCAAAAUAACAAUGCCGAUUGGCAGUUUCAGUUUAUUUGAGGGAAACAUAGGCGUUGAACCUUUGAACUCCCCAUUUGUUACAAGGAAGCGAAUUGUAUCAAAAAUUUGAAAAUGGGAACACCAAACAGCUACUUUUUUUCAGAUUGGCAAAUUUUUCGAAAUCAGACAGAUAAACGAAUUGUUCCAUGUGUUAAAAAUUUUGAACGUAACUAAAUGUGCUGUGCAAUAGUCUGUCUAUGGUGCUAUCUCAGUUUCUGAGGGUGACGAAAUGAAUGCUAACGCUCACAUUCAACGGAUCUGGGACAAUAAUAAAAAACACACUUUACUGAAAUACAGACGGUAAUAUAAUAACAUCAAUAAAAUCUUCGAACGCAACGCUCAGACGAUGUCGGUCAGGUGACAUUCCGACGUUUAGUGGUUCACUGGUCCAACUUUCGCUUAAAAGCCUCGACGGAUGUGGGCAAGAAGACCUCUGCAGACAGAGCAUUCCAAGCAUCGAUCCCUCUGUUUGAAAAGACCUUCCGAAUGUCCAGCCUGGCGCCAAUCACACGUUGUUUAAAUGGAUGACCUCGGAGGUUCGUUGUGGUUGCUAACUCAAAGAAAUCAGCAGGUAAGAGGCAGCAGUCCUGACUGCGCAUUAUACGGAAUGUUUGUGUACGGUCGCCCCUUAGCUGUCUGUAACUCAGUGGAAAACGGCCGAUAUUGGACAGCCGUCUUUCGUAAGGAAAUGAACCCCGAUGCCGAGGUCUUUAGGGGCCAGGCUUUCCACGCAUGGAUACAGCACUCUAAGGUCGUACACAUGUCCGAAAGAUUUUUACGAAGCAGUCCUCAUAGACGGUGGAGAAAGCUAACUUAACAAGGCAAAAGACUGAUAUCGCAAACUUAUUUACCUUGGAGCAGUGGAGCAGUUUAUCUGAGGGAAAUGUAACUGUUGUAUCUUUAAACUACCUAUCUGUUAUCAGUAGUUUUACAUAGGUCAAAGGCUGAAUAUUAGUAUACGACGGGGCAGCUUCAAUCGAAUGAGGCAAAUUCACUGAACUACGGCUGUGACGCUGUUGUUCAGAUAACUUCCAGCGGAAUCCGAAAUAUAUUCAAGCAGGAUCUUGUUUCAGCUUGUUAACAACCACGAAAAACUGACGUAUGCAGGGUAGUACAUGUGGUCCACAUCUACUAAGUAAAAAAUACACAUUAACAGAAGGCAAAUUUAUACGGAAAUUUAUUGCAAUGAAGUCACUUCAGGUCCUUUCAUUUCACGGAUAAUCCCCACGCCCUUGAUCUUCCUACACAUAUUAGGAAAAAAAUAACAUCAAUUUAUGCAUCAAUAUUUCUGUCCUCAGUAUUCGUGAUCUAAGCACAACAUUGGCCAGACCACGGACUGCUACAGAAAAAGACACUUCUGGAUGCUCGGAAUAUGUGAUUCAAAACAGAAGAAAGGAGUCGUCGAGCAAGUCAACAACAAAACUUGGCAAGCCCUCAUGCCGAUAAUAACCAAGUGCAUAACGAAAGGGAAUGUGAUUGCGACUGACGAGUAAAGGGACAGCUCACGCCUGUCAUCUGAGGGAUAUGUGCAUUACGCCGUAAAGCAUAGUAUGAAUUUUAUUGAUGAUACUAUAUCGUCUAUGGUUUGGGCUAAACACCGCCGAACUAAAACGACCGUGGGAAACCUUGCUAUUUCACGUCGCGGAAGUGUUCCCCGUGCAGGAAUCGAAUGGAAGUGGUAUGCGGCAGCCGCUUUUCUCGGGUGCAAGACCUUUAAUGUCAUUUCAAAAUACUCUGACUCCUACUUGUUUCUAAGGUGGAGUUGGACAACUAUGUGGGUUAUGGUAGAGGAGCAUCCCCAUGUGGGUGGUGGAAUGGGGAUCAUAGGUCGCCGCAGGAAUGGCGUUGAUUGCGUACAGAACUUUCGAAUCACAUCUAACACGUCUGGGGGUGAGGAUCAGAAUAAUGGGUCCAUACAGACAGGCCUACAACGUCUUGUUCUCGGGGCGGCCGAUGGCAAAUUGAAUAGCACAAACCGGUGAAGCAGGUAGAGUACGCCGGAGCUAAAGCAUGACAGGCAUCCCAGUAAGAACGUAAUCGAACAACACCUACUUAAAUGAGGGCAGUAGCGAGUCUUUUAAAUUGUUUGAUCUAUCCAGAGUACAAAUCAUACCCCUACAGCAAUUUUCAUAAACUUGGCUCAGUUAAAGGCUCUACUCUGAGAUUAUGAAUGCACAAGCGAGUGGUCAUAUCAAUACUAAUAUUUUGCCGAGACUGUUUCUGUCUUCCUCGUUCCAUUUUUAAAUAGCGCAUAAGCAGAAGUUGGAACGCAGGUAAAUUGAUGUUUUAUAUGUCCAAACCUAUAAAUGACCAUUCGUUUAUAGCCAUGUCCGUGGCUAAUGGCUAAUGGCUAAACAAUCACGACCAAUUUCAGCGAAGGAUUACCUGUGUCUGAUAAUACUCCAUUUUACAACCCGACACCGCAAGGCGCCGCUCAUCCUGCUUCCAAACACUGAUAAAACCCAAUUUCUUUAAAAGUAACACUCGUGUCAACAAACUGACUCCCCGGUAGGCAUCGGGCAAAAAAUCAAUUAGCAACGCGUGUUAUGAGGAUAGACUGCUGCCCCUAGCCUUCGGUAGAGCACGACACUUUGACCUGCCUGAGAUCUGCAGACGAUUUCAAUUCAUUCUCACCUACACCGACUGUUACUUACUUCAAUGUAGAGACUACUUUAUGCAGCUUGCAGCACUUACACACCUUCUUCGAAAAGACUACUUUGGCCUUGCUGUGUCACGCCGUUACUCACCAUAUAACGCAUGAUCUACGGCUUGCUGACUGCCUGUUGGCUAACACUGUCUCGGUUACAACACAUACAGUAGGCGACCUAGCUCGUGAUGCUUGGUAACAGAAUCCGAUAUGAGAAUUUUCCACACGCCUUAAACGCACCACAUCCGGCCCGCUUAUUUGGUCCCUUAAAGAAAAUAUACCAAGUCCUUACCCUGACAUUGGAGGUCUAAGUAUAACCCUAUUUCUAAUGCUAAACACAAACCCUUGCCCCUACUCAUAACUACAAACCCUAAACAGUGCCAUAAACAAAACCUCCACCUUAAGCCUAGGGCCUAAAAUUCAGAACUAAUCCCCUUUCUCUAGCCUGUAAAUCCAAUUUGCAGUCCUAAUCUUGGUCUUUAACCCUUUCCUCAAACCCUAACUCGUUCAUUGAAGACAGUCGUAAACUGCAUCACGUCUACCCAAAUCAAUAAACGUAUAAAUGUUGCAAAUUCUGACAACCUACUGAAAUGAUAAUUAGUAGGAAAUCUUUGAUUGUUUCACCAGGGAGGACAGCGUUUCCGGCUCGGUUACGCUACCGGGGCCCGAAGGACUGAGGGAAAAGCGCUUGUAACACGGAAAAGGUGGUCCUAGGAGUUUUAUUAAUUGUGCGCAUGAAAAUGGGCAUUGUGGUGGAAAAGCGUAUAAAAAUAAAGACAACUGGCUAAAUGCAGGUUAAAAUGGCAAUGUAACUCUGGUCCUAACCCUAAACGUCACCCCGAACCUAACCCGAACUGUAACCCUAACCGUAACCCACACACUUAAAUGAAACUCGUACUCUAACCGAAACACUAAACUAGAUCUCACUCCCUAACCCGAACCCUAUACCGGAGCUCAUUUCCUCACCCGAACACUAAAAUUUAACGUAAUCUUACCACAAGCCCUAACCUCAAAUUGACUCCGAGCCUAACAAAACAGGGGCUCGACUGCACAUCAGAAUAGUCGAUAGAGGUACGCUAAUGCUGAGAAGUAUAAAUCGCAACUGCCUCCUGAAACCAAUAUAAGUAUAAAGGUAAUGUGACGACGACAACACGGACAGCGCAAUAAAGCUUUCCCAAGGCAUAUCCAGUCAUUUUCUCGGAAGGGACAAGCAGUGCUGUCCCUAAUUCAGGCCGUUUAGUCAUUACAGUCGGCUGGCCAACUCCACUAUGGGUUACGGCUUUGUCUAGGGGAGAGCGACCCGAGUUAGCUUAGGCCGCACACGGGAUAAGAUAUCACCCUCUCGGUAGGGCGCUUUGAAAUGGAAAGGGGGGAAUGGAGAGGGCAGGGUGGGAGGGGAGUGAGUAACAGAAUUCCGCACAAGGGGUUUGGGUGGUGUAUAUCUCACACGCGUGAGAGUGCCGAACGUCACGUGAAGAAGGAGCCGUUUCAGCCUAUCUCUCAGCCUACCAGUCUGUCAAUUUACACAAACACAACUGGGCAUAAAAAUAUUCACUUUUCUAAUUAUUCGAUGGAAAAUUAUGUCUUCUUCCAAUUUUAUGCUCAAAAGAAGGGUAUAAAUUGGUUUUAAAAAACAUUUUUUAUUCCCGAAUAAAUAUCAACCAGUAUUCAACACAAUGGGGUUCGGAUGGUGUAUAUCUCACACGCGUUAGACUGCCGCAGAUCCCGUUAAGAAAGACACGUUUCAGCCUGACUCUCAGCCUACCAGUCUGUCACUCCACACAAACACAACUUAGCACAAUGUGUUGACUGAGUUGGGGCGUCGUUCGGCGACCUUCCAAUGCACGGCGCUUGACGUGCCGGGAUAAUCGCACAUUCGAAUCAUACAUGCAUGCUGUUUGGAGACGAAGCCAAGACGCACACUUUUCACUUGCAUUGGAGGUGGCAAUUGAAUGUCUGCAGUGGAUGAUGGUGCUGUGUGCUGCAGGUGUGGAAAGAUAUGAUGGUGUGGUUAAGCCGGCGGUUGUCUACCGCAGAUUUUCCCGAAUGCGCAGGUGACCUAACAGGCACAUGUGAUGGGUGAGUUUGCGGGUAGAGUGUUGGCAGUUGAGACUGGUGCGGCAGGUGCCCCAGGCACUGGCUCGCCAGUCUCUCUACGAGGGAUUUGCAAGUAACCCACCAGGCUGACGUAUGAGGUGAAUGUACGCGGACAAUUUGUGUGCAGGAAAAGACGACGGUGCCAGUGUCGGGCUUCGGUAAUGUUGGCAGUGAUAGAGCACUGGGCUAUGCUUUGUGGAUUGGCUAGGCAUGCCGGGUGUGCAGGUAGUGCUAGGUGCUUUGGGACAGCGGUGGAUUCCGCUAUCGUGGAUACGCGUGUGACCUAGAAGGCCCAUGCGGUGAGCAAAUGUGCCGGGGGCAGUGAGGGCAGUGGAGGCGAAUGCGGAGAAUGUAUGUGGGUGCUUCGGAACCUGUUUCGCCAGAAAAUGUGCGAUGAAUUAACGUGUGACCGACCGAGCCGAUGUGUGAGGUGAAGGCGCGGUCGCAAUGAGGACAGGCAUGGACCGAGUUCACAUCACUGGGGUUGUUGGUUGGAGGGGGGGGGAGGGGGGGGGGUUGAUGUUGGCUGGUGUGUUAGGAUUGUGUGCAGUGGAUGUGGAUACAGGAGCUGCCGCAGCGGACGUUGAGGCGAUGUGGGUGGGGGCAUGAGAGGCGAUACAGGUGUGGACGUUAGGACAGCAGCUGGUGUCGUUCGGGUGCUGGAGUUGACAGUGAAGUUGCUCUCUAAGGCCGACUGGUGACCAGAACGUCCGCAGUCAUCGUGGGCGGGUUGGGGGUGAUUGAGCGUCGGCGUGAUAUGAAGCGGACAUUUGAGACCUGCGAGCUUCGCGUUUGACUUUGGCGGCGGUGAUGCGGUCGGCUUCGCAGACCGAUGCGCCUGUCUUCACUGAACUCCUCAAGGCUCGUCGGUCACGGACGAGAUCUUCUCCUUUGACCAGGUUAGUUUGCAGACGCUUCAGGGAAGUCUUUAAGUUAUCCUUGCACCGCUUAUCUUGACCUCCUUGUCGGCGAGAACCCGUGGCGACGUCUCCAUAGAAAAUCCGUUUGGGAGGCGGCUCUAACGCCAUUUCCGCUGUCUCAGUACGACAUAGAUGCUGAGGAUCACGGUCCACUACAGCAUGUCUUUGUUUAGGAUGUGGUUCUGCCACCUGAGUUUCAGUAUCCGUCAAAGACAGCGGAGGUGGAGUUGAUUGAGCCUUCGCGGCUGCUUCUUGUACAGCAUCUCGGUCUCAGCGUCUCAGCAACGUCGGAAGAAUGA